AUGGUGGGCACCAAGGACACUACGGCAACUGCGAAACAGACUCCGGCCAAGAUGCACAGGAGAUCGCGGACUGGCUGCUUCACAUGCCGUCUGCGCAGGAAGAAGUGCGAUGAGGGCAAGCCUGGCUGCAAGGCCUGCAAGCACCUUGGCCUUCGAUGCGACUACAAGCGCCCCGUUUGGUGGAGCAACAACGAGCAGAGGCGUCAGCAGAAGGAGCAGAUCAAGAACAUAAUCAAGCGUACCAAGGCCACGGAGAAGACCGCGCAAGCGCUCCCCAUGAACGACUCUCCUCCGCCAAGCCUCUGCCACUCGCUCCCGGCCUCCGACACCUACUCCGACGGCAUUCCUAAGACCCGCGCAGCAUCAAUUGAGUCGCAGUUUUCUGCCGACUUCCAGUGCGUCUCUCCGCCUGAGAUGUUCGCCUCCAUGUCAAUGCCUCCUCCUGGUUACCUGCCUUAUGCGCCGUUCGCGUCGCCCUACGAGGUUGACAUCAAGACCGAGCGCCAAAUGUUUGUCAAUGACAUUCCCACGAGGAGAGAUUCCACCAUGUCGACCUUCAGCACCUUCCAGCCUCCUCCAACGGCAGGAUGCGACUUUGCGCCAGACAACUGGGUUCAGCACGAGUACUUCGAGACUCACGGAGAAGAGUUCCCCGAGGAGCCUCUUGACUUCAACUUCUUUGAUUUCCCCCAUGGCUCCUUCACCCCUUCGCACCAAGCCCUCAUCCAGGUCGAGGAGUGCGACCAGCCUCUGCUCAACCACUUCAUUGACAAUGUCUUGCGCCUUGUUUUCCCCAUCCUCGAGGUCAACCAGCAUGGUCCUACUCGCUCUGAUGUUGUCCUUCCCGCUCUCGAGUCGAACAAGUGCUACCUUCACUGCUGCUUGAGCAUCGCUGCGCAACACUUGAAGACUACUGCCAACCUCGACAACGAGCAGAUUGACAACGACAUUAUGCGCCACCGUUUCCAGACCAUCUCUGAGCUCUGCGCAGCCCUGAACCGCGAUACGGAUCACAUGCAGAUCUUGGAGGCCACGCUUGGAAUGAUCUUCUUCCAGUGCUCCGUCGGCCGCCCGGGUGACAGCCUGCCCGACAUUCCUUGGCAUUCCCACUUCCAAGCUGCGACCGACCUGAUCCAGAGGCUUGGAUUGCCCCAGCAGCUGACGGCCCUCAACGGCAACCCCCACGCUCAGCCGCCGUUCAACAUGAGCUUGGCGGCGUGGAUCGAUAUCCUCGGUGCAACCAUGCUUGGAAAGUCUCCUGUCUUUGCGAGCACCUACCUCGAAAAGUUGCUGGCCGACUCUAGCUCUGGCAUGUCCUCGCUUAUGGGCUGCGAAGACAAGGUCAUGUAUCUGAUUUCGGAGAUCGCAUGCCUCGAGUCCUACAAGAUCGACACGGAGAACCUGGAGAAUGUUGCGCUUUGUGCGCACAUCAAGUAUGUUGGUGACCAGAUCAGUAUGACCGAGCAGAACGCUGGUACCAUCGACAACUGCUACUCUUCGACCGGUGCGAUCCGCCCGCAGCAGCUCAGCACGAACAUCACUGCUGUCUUCCGCAUCGCCGCGCGCAUCUAUCUGUGCAGCCUUGUUCCCACCUUUGACCGGGAGCAGGCUUCGACCAUCAGCCUGGUUGACCAACUGGCCGAGGCAAUGGAGUUUAUCCCGGCUGGCCCCGAGGGUUUCGACCGCUCUGUUGUCUGGCCUCUGCUGAUCGCAGGAUCUGUUUCGCUCAGCAACUCCAAGUUCCGGACGAUGCUUGCCCAGCGCGCGCAGCUGAUGGGCGAGGCGUCUGAGUUCGGCUCCUUUGGCCGUAUCAAGGAGCUCUUGAAAGACGUGUGGGCCAUCAACGACGAGAAUGAGAGGAGAGGUGACAAGCAGAGCGUCCACUGGCGGGACGUGAUGCGCCAGAAGAACUGGGACUUCUUGUUGAUCUAG